UAAUAACUUUCUCAAACUGAGGACGAAACGUCUGGGAAAAUACCGCGGACGCUUUUGCUCCAACUUCGCCGGAGAGAGGUGGUGGAGCGGUUGCCAUGGUGGAUAAAAUGUCAAGUUUCCUGCACAUUGGGGACGUUUGCUCCCUUUAUGCCGAGGGCUCUACCAGUGGCUUCAUAAGCACUCUGGGGUUGGUUGAUGACAGAUGUGUUGUCCAACCAGAUGCAGGGGACCUGAACAACCCACCCAAGAAGUUCAGGGACUGUCUGUUCAGACUGUGUCCCAUGAACAGAUACUCUGCACAGAAACAGUUCUGGAAAGCUGCCAAACCUGGAGGAACCAGCACCACAGAUACUGUUCUGCUCAACAAACUCCAUCAUGCUGCUGAUUUAGAAAAGAAACAAAAUGAAUCGGAGAACAAAAAGCUUUUAGGAACAGUCAUUCAGUAUGGCAACGUCAUCCAGCUUCUCCAUCUGAAGAGUAAUAAGUAUCUGACGGUAAAUAAGCGCUUACCAGCUCUUCUUGAGAAGAAUGCCAUGCGUGUAACCCUGGAUGCUGCAGGGAAUGAAGGCUCGUGGUUCUACAUUCAACCCUUCUAUAAGCUCCGCUCUAUUGGAGACAACGUGGUCAUUGGAGAUAAGGUUGUGUUAAACCCCGUCAAUGCCGGACAGCCACUUCAUGCCAGUAGCCAUCAACUUGUUGAUAAUCCAGGAUGCAAUGAGGUGAAUUCAGUGAACUGCACCACCAGUUGGAAAAUUGUUCUUUUCAUGAAAUGGAGUGACAACCAGGAGGUUGUCUUAAAAGGAGGAGACGUGGUGAGGCUGUUCCAUGCAGAGCAGGAGAAGUUUUUGACAUGCGACGAACACAGAAAAAAGCAGUAUGUCUUUUUGCGUACCACCGGGCGCCAGUCUGCAACCUCUGCCACUAGUAGCAAAGCGCUCUGGGAGGUUGAGGUGGUUCAGCAUGAUCCCUGCAGAGGCGGAGCCGGCUACUGGAACAGUCUCUUUAGGUUCAAACAUCUGGCCACUGGCCAUUACCUCGCUGCAGAGGUAAAUCCAGACUAUGAAGAAGAAUGCCUGGAGACCCGUUCCUCUCUGGAUUCAGAGCAGGAAGUGAUGCGAGCACGUGCACGCAACCCUCAGGACAAGGUUAUGUAUACGCUGGUGUCUGUUCCUGAUGGAAAUGACAUAUCGUCGAUCUUUGAGCUUGACCCUACUACCCUGAGAGGAGGAGACUCUCUUGUGCCAAGAAAUUCAUAUGUGAGGCUCAGGCAUCUCUGCACAAAUACAUGGGUUCACAGCACCAACCAGCCAAUAGAUAAAGAGGAAGAGAAACCGGUCAUGCUCAGAAUAGGAACGUCUCCUCUGAAGGAAGAUAAAGAGGCUUUUGCUAUAGUGCCAGUUUCUCCAGCUGAGGUUCGUGAUCUGGAUUUUGCUAAUGAUGCUAGUAAAGUCUUAGCUUCCAUUGCAGCCAAACUGGAAAAGGGCACCAUCACCCAGAAUGAGAGGAGGUCAGUGACAAAGCUGCUGGAGGAUCUGGUGUAUUUUGUGGUGGACAUUCCCAGCAGUGCUCAGGAUGUGCUGGAGAUCACAGUCAACAAACCUAACAGAGAGCGGCAGAAACUCAUGAGAGAGCAGAACAUACUCAAACAGAUAUUCAAGCUGCUUCAGGCCCCAUUCACUGACAGUGGGGACGGCCCUAUGUUGCGCCUGGAAGAACUUGCAGACCAACGUCAUGCUCCCUGUCACAUCUGUCGGCUCUGCUACAGAGUCCUACGUCACUCACAACAGGACUAUCGUAAAAACCAGGAGUACAUAGCAAAGCAAUUCCGCUUCAUGCAGAAGCAGAUAGGAUAUGAUGUGCUUGCUGAGGACACUAUUACAGCCCUGCUGCACAACAACAGGAAGCUUCUAGAGAAACACAUCACUGCAGCUGAGAUAGACACCUUUGUCAGCCUGGUCCGCAAGAACAGAGAGCCCAGAUUUCUGGACUACUUGUCAGAUUUGUGUGUGUCUAUGAAUAAAUCCAUUCCUGUCACACAAGAACUCAUCUGUAAUGCUGUGCUGGACCCAGCCAAUGCAGACAUCCUCAUCGAAACAAAACUUGUGUUAUCACGGUUUGAGGUGGCUGGAACAGUGCUUGGUGAGAGUGCAGAGGAGGAAGAGGAGGAUGAGGAGGAGGUAUGGUUGUUCUGGAAAGACAGUAGAGGAGAGAUGAAGAGUAAAAGCAUCAGAGAGCUUGCACAGGAUGCCAAAGAUGGACACACAGAGGACCUGGAAGUUAUCAAUUAUUACAGGUAUCAGUUGAAUUUGUUUGCUCGGAUGUGUCUGGAUCGGCAAUACCUGGCGAUUAACAAGAUAUCAGCACAACUGGAUGUGGAUCUGAUCCUGCGCUGCAUGUCAGAUGAAGACUUGCCUUUUGACCUCAGAGCCUCAUUCUGCCGCAUGAUGCUGCACAUGCAUGUAGACCGUGACCCUCAGGAGCAGGUUACACCUGUCAAAUAUGCUCGACUAUGGUCUGAAAUCCCUUCACAAAUUGCCAUUGAUGAUUAUGAUAACGAUGGGACAUCGCGUGAUGAGGUGAAGGAGCGCUUCUCUCAGACGAUGGAGUUUGUGGAGAAUUACCUGCGAGAUGUUGUGUGCCAGAGUUUCCCAUUUUCAGACAAGGAAAAAAACAAGCUUACUUUUGAGGUUGUGAACCUGGCGAGGAACCUUAUCUAUUUUGGUUUCUAUAACUUCAGUGACCUGCUAAGGUUGACCAAAAUCCUGCUGGCUAUCCUGGACUGUGUCCAUAUCAGCACUCCCUUCCCUAUCAAGCUGCCUGGAGACCGUGGCAAAGGAAGUAAUGUAAUGCGGUCCAUCCAUGGGGUGGGAGAGCUGAUGACACAGGUGGUGUUGAGGGGUGGAGGGUUCCUGCCAGUUACCAGCCACAACCCUCCCGACAGAGAUGAAGUCAAAGCCCAGACUGAACCUCAGAAACAAGACAUACUAGUGAUGGACACCAAACUCAAGAUCAUUGAAAUCCUACAGUUCAUUCUAAAUGUGCGGUUGGACUACAGGAUCUCCUGCCUGCUCUGUAUUUUUAAAACAGAGUUUGAUGAGAGCAACUCUCAAACAGAGCCAUCUGUAAACCAGGACUCUCCUGCCAGUGUUCAAGGUGCGCUGGACUUUGAACACAUUGAAGAGCAAGCAGAGGGGAUUUUUGGAGGAAGUGAAGAAAACACCCCUCUGGAUCUUGAUGAUCAUGGUGGCCGGACGUUUCUGAGGGUGUUACUGCACCUGACCAUGCAUGACUAUCCUCCGCUGGUUUCACGAGCUCUUCACCUCCUCUUCCGACACUUCAGCCAGCGGCAAGAGGUCUUACAGGCCUUUAAGCAGGUUCAGCUCCUGGUGACCAGUCAGGAUGUGGAAAAUUACAAGCAGAUCAAGUCAGAUUUGGACCAGCUGAGGUCUAUAGUAGAGAAAUCAGAGCUGUGGGUCUAUAAGAGACAGGCAGACUCAGGGAUGGACACUGGAGAGGGUGCAAAUGAAGCGCACCACAAGGGUGUCAUCAACUCAAGUAGAUCAGACAAACCCAAAGUUGAGAGCACCAGCAGCUCAAACUACAGAGUUGUGAAGGAGAUCCUUCUGAGGUUGAGUAAAUUGUGUGUUUUGGAGGGCAUCUCUGGUAAGAAGAAUAAGAAACAGCAGCAGCGGCUCCUCAGGAACAUGGGAGCUCACAGUGUGGUCCUGGAACUGUUGCAGAUCCCUUAUGAGAAGGGCGAGGAUGUUCAGAUGCAAGAGAUUAUGACUUUAGCUCAUCAGUUCCUUCAGAACUUUUGCGCUGGAAAUCAACAGAACCAGGCACUUCUGCACAAACACAUUAACCUGUUCCUCAACCCUGGGAUUCUAGAGGCAGUGACCAUGCAGCAUAUUUUCAUGAAUAAUUUCCAGUUGUGUAGUGAGAUUAACGAGCGGGUAGUGCAGCACUUUGUGCACUGCAUCGAGACACACGGACGCAGUGUCCACUACCUCAAGUUCCUCCAAACCAUUGUAAAGGCUGAGAACAAGUUCAUCAAGAAAUGCCAAGACAUUGUCAUGGCUGAGUUGGUGACAGCGGGUGAAGAUGUGUUGGUGUUCUACAAUGACCGGGCAUCUUUUCAAUCAUUGGUUCAAAUGAUGCGCCUUGAGAGGGAACGACUUGAUGAGAGCAGUGCACUCAGGUAUCAUAUUCACUUAGUGGAGCUGCUGGCUGUGUGCACUGAAGGGAAGAAUGUCUACACUGAGAUCAAAUGCAACUCCCUGCUCCCCCUCGAUGAUAUUGUACGUGUGGUGACUCACGAAGACUGCAUCCCAGAGGUGAAGAUGGCCUAUGUGAACUUCCUGAAUCACUGCUAUGUAGACACAGAGGUUGAGAUGAAGGAGAUCUACACCAGCAAUCACAUGUGGAAACUGUUUGAUGAUUUCCUGGUGGACAUUUGCAGAGUGUGCAAUAACACAAGUGACCGCAAGCAUGCUGACACAGUUCUGGAGCGCUACGUUACUGAGACAAUCAUGAGCAUCGUCACCACCUUUUUCAGCUCACCGUUCUCAGACCAGAGCACAAGUUUGCAGACCCGGCAGCCAGUGUUUGUGCAGCUGCUGCAGGGAGUUUUCCGUGUGUAUCACUGCAACUGGCUGCUCCCAAGUCAGAAGGGCAAUGUGGAGGCUUGCAUCAAAGUGCUGAGUGAUGCAGCCAAAGGUAGAGCCAUAGCCAUUCCUGUGGAUCUGGACUGUCAGGUGAAUAAUUUGUUCAUGAAGUCAAACAACAUAGUGCAGAAAACAGCCCUGAGCUGGAGACAGUCCGUCCGUAAUGCCACACGAAGAGAUUCUGUUAUGACCACCUCCAGAGACUACCGCAACAUUAUUGAAAGACUUCAGGAUAUAGUGUCCGCACUGGAAGAGCGGUUGAGGCCUCUGGUUCAGGCUGAGCUGUCUGUAUUGGUGGAUGUCCUCCAUCGUCCAGAACUGCUGUUUCCAGAACACACUGAAGCCCAUCGGAAGUGUGAGAGUGGAGGCUUCAUCUGCAAAUUGAUAAAACAUACCAAGCAACUUCUAGAAGAAAAUGAGGAGAGGCUUUGUAUCAAAGUUCUGCAGACGCUCAGAGAAAUGAUGACCAAAGACAGAGGAUAUGGAGAGAAGCUACUGGGAUUUGAUGAUGAGAUGGAUGUCACUGAGGUGGUGGAUUUGAGUCUGCCACCAAAACAGCUGGAGGAUCGAAGGAGGGGGGAGGCCCUUCGGCAGCUGCUCGUCAACCGUUACUAUGGCUUCAGGAGUGGUGGGCGGAGAGAAAGUCUGACCUCCUUCAGUAACUCCACCCUGGCACCUGUAGGACCAAUCAAGAGUCAGCCAGGGGGUUUGAGUAGGGCUGAGAUGUCAUUGAUGGAGGUGCAAUGCCACCUGGACCGUGAAGGAGCCUCUGACCUUGUUAUUGAUCUUAUUAUGAAUACUACCAGUGACCGUGUCUUCCACGAAAGCAUACUAUUGGCCAUUGCACUACUGGAGGGUGGGAACACCAUCAUACAGCACUCCUUCUUCAAACGUUUAACAGAAGACAAAAAUUCGGAGAAGUUUUUUAGGGUGUUUUAUGAUAGAAUGAAAGCUGCUCAGUUGGAGAUCAAAGCCACAGUUACCGUCAACACUAGUGACUUGGGCAACAAACGGCGUGAUGACAACACUCCAGACAAAGAGACCCCACAACGCCGGAGAGAAAAAAAUUCAGGUGUCGUGGUGACUGAUGAUACCCGUGAGCAGCUGUUGGAGGCAUCUGCUGUGACUAAGAAGGCCUAUGGUUCGUAUCGACGAGAUGCUGAUCCUGAGGAGGCUUAUGGCACCACAGAUGGAGACAAAGGAGGUGGAGAUAAAGGAACAGAGCAGGGCGAGAUGAGCCCUGUCAUUCUCAUCAUGCAGCCAAUCCUUCGCUUCCUACAGCUGCUGUGUGAGAACCAUAAUCGUGACCUGCAGAAUUUUCUCCGUUGUCAAAACAACAAGAACAACUAUAACCUUGUGUGUGAAACCCUGCAGUUCCUGGACUGCAUCUGUGGAAGUACAACAGGAGGCCUGGGGCUGUUAGGGCUGUAUAUUAACCAGCAUAAUGUGGCUCUCAUUAAUCAGACUGUAGAGAGUCUCACUGAAUACUGUCAAGGGCCCUGCCACGAUAACCAGAAUUGCAUUGCCACCCAUGAGUCUAAUGGCAUUGACAUCAUUAUUGCAUUGAUUCUGAAUGAUAUUAAUCCACUGGGCAGAAAGAGAAUGGAUCUGGUUCUAGAACUAAAGAAUAAUGCAUCUAAGCUGCUGCUGGCCAUCAUGGAGACACAUGACAGUGAGAACGCAGAAAGAAUCCUGUACAACAUGAGACCAAAAGAACUAGUGGAAGUGAUGAAAAUGGCCUACCAGCAGGGGGAAGCAGAGUUCGAGGAUGAGGAACAGGAGAAUGGAGAGGACCAUGCUGCCUCACCUCGCAAUGUUGGACACAACAUCUAUAUCCUUGCACAUCAGCUGUCACGUCACAAUAAGGAGUUGCAAAUACUACUGAAACCAGGUGGGGAGGACCAGGCCCUGGAGUAUUACACUGAACACACCGCACAGAUAGAGAUAGUCCGGCAGGAUCGCACUAUGGAACAGAUUGUGUUUCCCGUACCAAAUAUCUGCUCUUUUCUGACAAAUGAGUCCAAGCUGCGUGUGUACUAUGGUACAGAGAGAGACGAACAGGGCAGUAAAAUAAAUGACUUCUUCCUGCACGCAGACGACCUCUUCAAUGAAAUGAGGUGGCAGAAAAAGCUAAGAGCACAGCCAGUGUUGUACUGGUGUAGCCGGAACAUGUCAUUCUGGAGUAAUGUGUCUUUUAACCUGGCUGUUCUCAUUAACCUGUUAGUGGCGUUCUUUUACCCUCUGGACGGAAUGAGUGAAAGUUCACUAGAUCCUUCUCUUUCUCUGUUGCUGUGGGUGUGUUUGUUGGGCUCUUUGGGGUUUGUGUUGAUGUCACCGAGGCCGAACGCAGUGCGAGUGCUGGUCAUCUCCAGUGUGCUGCAGCUGGGCUUCUCCGUGGGCCUGCAGCAUAUGCUGACACUCUUGGGAGCUUUUAAUGUUUGUAAUAAGAUAGUGUUCAUGCUGAGCUUUGUGGGUAACCGUGGGACGUUUACCCGUGGUUACCGGGUGAUGGUGAUGGAUAGGGAGUUCCUGUUUCAUCUGCUGUACCUUCUCAUCUGCACUCUGGGCCUUUUUGGACAUGUCUUCUUUUACAGUCUACUGUUGUUUGAUCUGGUGAACAGGGAAGAGACUCUUUUGAACGUUAUCAAGAGUGUGACUCGAAAUGGCCGCUCUAUUGUCCUGACGGCUGUUCUGGGCCUGAUCCUGGUUUACCUCUUCUCCAUUGUUGGCUAUAUGUUCUUUAAGGAUGACUUCAUUCUGGAGGUGAACCGUAUUCCCAACGGCACUCUGGAGGAGGGAGUAAAUCUGGCUCCUGGCUUCCUGUCUGAGGGGGUCUGCAAUGGCCUAAAUGCUUCCUGUCUGACUGCGGAUGUUGAGGAGGAUGACGUAGAGCGAGCGUGUGAUUCUCUGUGGAUGUGUAUGAUCACUGUACUGAGUCACGGUCUCAGGAGUGGUGGUGGAGUUGGAGAUGUUCUGCGCAAGCCAUCCAAAGAGGAGCGUCUGUUCGCCGCACGGGUCGUGUAUGACCUUCUGUUCUUCUUCCUGGUGAUCAUCAUCGUGCUGAAUCUGAUCUUUGGCGUCAUCAUUGAUACGUUUGCUGAUCUGAGAAGCGAGAAGCAGAGGAAAGAGGAAAUCCUCAAGACCACAUGUUUCAUCUGCGGUCUGGAGAGAGACAAGUUUGAUAAUAAAACAGUGACAUUCGAGGAGCACAUCAAGGAAGAGCACAACCUGUGGCAUUACCUGUACUUCAUUGUGCUGGUGCGGGUCAAGGACUCCACUGAAUACACAGGCCCUGAGAGCUAUGUCGCUCAGAUGAUCAAGGAACACAAUCUGGACUGGUUUCCACGUAUGAGGGCCAUGUCGCUGGUCAGCAGUGAUGGUGAGGGUGAACAAAAUGAACUGCGCAGUUUGCAGGAGAAACUAGAGUCCACAAUGAGGCUGGUCUCCAACCUGACCAAUCAACUCACAGAGCUCAAAGAGCAGAUGACUGAGCAGAGGAAACACAAGCAGCGGAUUGGUCUGCUGGGAAACCCUGCCCACCUCAACAUCAACCCACAGCAGCCGGCGUGAGAGGUAGGGCCUGAGGUCUGUCUGACAUAAUGGAGCCUCAUUCCAGCAGCUUUAAAACUAUCUUGACAUGGACACUUACAUAGUCAUGAGGUAAUGUCUGGUCAUGCUCGGACAUGCACGCUCACUCAAAGACUCCAAUCGUGACAUUUUGAGCCUCAUUGCUGUAUGAGGUGCUAUAUUCAUUUUUUUUAAGCACUGAUGUGAUCACUUCAGAAACAAUCUUUGCACUGUGUAUGAGUGUAGUAUUAUAGGAUGCCUUCACAGAGUGGUUCUUGAUAGAUUUAUGUCCCUCUGGAUUUCUUUGCACCUUUUUAUCAGAAUGGAGAUAUUAAUAUAAUGUGUGAAAUUUUUAUAGAUUUUUUCUGUGUAUAUUUAUUUGGAACGUCUAUUGCUGAGAUGGAUAUCCAUAUAGAAGGUUUAAUAAACACCUACACUGAGAAGUUUCUAAAACUAAAAAUAAAUGAGACUAAAUCGCCUUUAAAAGAUGGGUUCGCUGCUAUAAAGAUGACAAUGUGCAUUGUGUGAUGACAGAAUGUUUUAUUGACAGUACUUCCAGAAAAUGUCAAAUUUGAGAACCAUGGACUUCACAUACGUUAUCAUAAUUAUUACUACUGAUCACGGAGACAGGUUAAAUCACAGAUUAACAGAGCUCUUCGAAUUCGGUUCACAGAAGUGCUCUUGUAGUAAAAAAAAAAAAAUCCUGGUAGUAAACAUGACGAUAAUUGAGAUAAAAACGUUUCACUGACUUUAUCUCCAUAAACACUAUAGACUGUAGAGUGAAAAAAACAUAUAUAAUCACAAAUUAAUUAUAAAUCUAUUGCUGAGAUUUAGGAAAGUACACUUUCUGUGCAAAAAAUAAAGUUAUUAAAGAAAAGUACAAGUAUGCUUAACGUGCAAAAAAUAGCCUACUAUUGUAACAAGGCUUUUAAAAAAAUGUAAACAUUAAAUUUGGCUUUCUCUGGAAAUGUAA